AUGGUUGGAUUUUCGUUGCAUUCUUUACCUGCAAGCACAGUUCUGCUGACCUACUUGUUGUCAUAUCCGACACUUGCUGCAUCUCAAUCUUAUGUACUUGACACCUCAUACUCAGGGGCCACUUUCUUCAAUGGGUGGAACUUCUGGUCAAGCUCGGAUCCAACUCAUGGGUUUGUCCAAUAUCUUUCGCAGUCCGAUGCUCAAGCCGCAUCCUUAAUUCAUCAGAGUCCUGGAUUUCCGGCAUACAUGGGUGUUGACCAUACCACUACCCUCAACAGCUCCUCGCAAGGACGAAAGAGUGUACGAAUCGAGUCUCAGAAGUCCUGGACACAUGGCCUGUUUAUCGUUGAUGUUGCACACAUGCCCGACUCGACUUGUGGAGUAUGGCCAGCAUUCUGGAUGUAUGGGCCUAAUUGGCCAAAUUCCGGUGAGAUUGACAUGAUCGAAGGCAUCAACAGGAAUACUUUCAAUCAGAUGAGUUUGCAUACUGCACCAAAUUGUUCCAUGCAAGCUGGAACGCAGUCUGGUUCUGUGAAUAGUCUGCAAUGCGACGGAACUCAGAACGACGGCGAAGGUUGUAACGUGGCUUCGAACAACGGGUAUUCAUACGGCACUGGGUUCAAUGCAAAAGGUGGAGGGGUCUACGCCACUGAAUGGACUUCAAGUUAUAUCAAAACAUGGUUCUUUGCCAAUGGCAGUGUUCCCAGCGACAUCACCACUGGAUCUCCAGUUCCGAGCGGAUGGGGCACGCCUCAGACAGCCUACAUCGGUGGCAGCACAUGCGAUAUCGAUUCUCACUUCAUGAACCAAAACCUAGUCUUCGACAUGACCUUCUGUGGUGAUUGGGCUGGGAACGCGUGGAGUGGUGAUUCGACUUGCAGCGCAUUGGCGGACACAUGUGUAGACUAUGUUGCAGCAAGUCCGUCCGCUUUCUCGGAAACGUACUGGUCAAUCAACAGUGUCAAGGUAUACCAGCUGCUCACCUCCGCUUCGAGUUCAACGUCGACGACAACUCGUAAGUUCCUAAUCUCCUACUGA